AUGGCCAUCCACGCCGAGGGUCUCGUGGCUAUCGUGAUCUUCUACCUCCUGAUUCUGAUUGUGGGGAUCUGGGCCGCCUGGAAGAACAAGAACUCCGGUGUUAGCGAUGGCGGAGACCGGAGCGAGAGCAUCAUGGUCGGGGGAAGAGACAUCGGAUUGUUCGUUGGUGGAUUCACGAUGACCGCUACUUGGGUGGGUGGAGGCUACAUUAAUGGGACAGCAGAGUACGUCUACCUGCCAGACUAUGGCCUGGCUUGGGCACAGGCACCCUUUGGUUACGCUCUCAGCCUGGUAGUAGGUGGCCUUUUCUUUGCCAAGCCCAUGCGUUCACGUGGAUACGUCACCAUGCUGGAUCCCUUCCAGCAGCUGUAUGGAAAAAGGAUGGGGGGCUUGCUCUUCAUCCCCGCACUCAUGGGGGAAAUCUUCUGGUCUGCAGCCAUUUUAUCUGCCCUGGGUGCCACUCUGAGCGUGAUUGUGGACAUAAACAUCAACAUGUCGGUGGUGAUCUCAGCCCUGAUAGCUAUCUUCUACACGCUAGUUGGAGGACUCUACUCUGUCGCAUACACAGAUGUGGUCCAGCUCUUCUGUAUCUUUUUGGGCUUGUGGAUCAGCGUGCCUUUUGCCAUGUCCAAUCCUGCCGUGUCGGACAUCAGUGUUACAGCCAAGAAGGCAAUCUACCAGUCCCCCUGGCUGGGGAAGAUUGAGCCUAAAGACACAUGGCUCUGGGUGGAUAACUUCUGUUUGCUGAUUUUGGGGGGAAUUCCCUGGCAGGUCUAUUUUCAACGGGUUCUUUCUGCCUCUUCAGCUACCUACGCCCAGGUCCUUUCCUUCAUCGCUGCCUUCGGCUGCCUGGUUAUGGCCGUCCCCUCUGUCCUCAUAGGAGCUAUAGGGGCUUCAACUGAUUGGAACCAGACUACUUAUGGGUCCCUCCCACCGAAGGAUAAGGAUGAAUCAGACAUGAUCCUUCCCAUAGUUCUUCAGCACCUGUGCCCAUCCUACAUCUCCUUCUUUGGUCUCGGGGCGGUAUCGGCUGCAGUCAUGUCAUCAGCGGACUCAUCCAUUCUCUCAGCCAGCUCCAUGUUUGCCAGGAACAUCUAUCAGCUCGCCUUUCGGCAGUCGGCCUCAGAUAAUGAGAUUGUUUGGGUGAUGCGCCUCACAAUCUUUGUAUUCGGAGCUCUUGCCACUGCUAUGGCGUUGUUAACAGGAUCAGUGUAUGGCCUGUGGUACCUGAGUUCCGACUUGGUCUACGUCAUCAUCUUUCCCCAACUUCUCAGUGUGUUAUUCGUCAAGGGCACCAAUACCUAUGGCUCUGUGGCUGCCUAUGUCUUUGGCCUUCUGCUGCGAAUUGGUGGAGGGGAGCCCUACCUCAAACUUCCUCCCUUCAUCUACUACCCCGGUUGGGUGAUCCAGGAACGGGUCCACCACCUCACUGGGGAUGUAGAGUGCUUUGUCCAGCAGAGGUUCCCGUUCAAGUCUGUGUCCAUGGUGGCAUCUUUCUUGGCAAAUGUGGCCUUUUCUUACCUGACAAAGUACCUAUUUGAAAGUGGUACGUUGUCACACAAGUACGACUUCCUGGAUGCCGUGGUGUCCAAGCAUAGCAAGGAGAUCAUGGACAAAACCACGCUGGUGAGCAACCAGGAUAACAUCAUUCUUUCAGAGAUGGCGCCCGUCAACCAGGCCAUCGGUACGUCACUCGCUGGGACAUUCACCAACACUGAGAUCCUCAGUGAUGAUGGGGAGUCCAGUCCAGAGGCUUUUCACAAAGAAAACUAGGCACCAAAGGCACAAAGAAAACUAGA